CUCCUGUAUUAAUUUUAUGGUGGCACGUAUUCAAGAAAUCCUUCGAAAAGACACGAGGUCAUUGGACAAUAAUUCACUAUCACACAACAUUGCGUCAUUCUAGUUAAAAAGGCGUGUGGUUAUUUUAGCUGACCAUUUCUUGAGGGAGAGUAACUACACAGCGGACUUGGAGAUUCCACACAUUCCAUGAAAUCUUGCAGCGAUUACUAAGAUGGAGCUCGCGGUUAGUUUUUCCGAGAAUUCUUCCACUGGGGAAGACACGACAAUAACUUCACUUGUGCCUUUUGCCGUGUGGUCGGAAAAUUCAUCAAGGUUUUUGAGCAAAACACCCGACAAUUCUAGCCAUGGACUCGAAGCUACCACGCAGGGUGGGUUCAUCAACAAAACGUCUUUCAAUGAAGGCGAAAACUUCCUUGCCUAUAGUUUCGACGUGUAUACCUUCGUACUCGGCGGUAUAGUGCUGACUACGGUUGGUACCAUCGGGAUGAUAAGUAAUGUCCUGGCAUUUAUAGUGUACGCAAUUGAAGAAAGAAAGGCACCCGCAGCACAUUGUUACCUGUUCAAAUGGCUGGCUUUUUUCGACAAUUUAUUCAUUUUCUGGAUGGUCUCUUUUUUCGGAACAUUGACUUUUGAUGCGCACACAGGGUUUCUUGGAGACUUUAUGUCAAAAUACGGAAGCUACGUAGCGUAUGUUUGGCCCAUUGGAACAGUACCGGCUUUAGCUUCAAAGUAUAUGCUUGUCUUCGUUGCUAUGAAUCGUUACCUUGCAGUUUGUAAACCUCAUUUGGCCGGGAAAUAUUGUUCUGUUUCUCAGUGGCGAGUGCGUAUUUUUAUCCUCUUCAUAGUUUGUGUUGUAUACAACUUGCCGAGGCACUUUGAUCUAGAAUCAGUGCGGUACGUCCCCUGUGGCAAAGUGAAAAGUAAUGGGUUAUGUUUUGUAGCCACGAGCAGAAAAUGGCCACAGUGGUACUUUCUCUUUUACCGCACUAUUUGCAAAGGUACUGUCUAUCAUUUCAUACCUCUGUGUACACUGAUUGUAUUAAAUUGCAAAUUGAUACUUAAAGUGAAGAAAAGCGUACAGAAACAGAAGGAACUUGCAGUGACAAAUGAAAGACGGCAACGUUUGCAGAGAGAGCUGAAUAGGAUUGUCAUCUUGUUGGUGACAACAUAUAUCAUAUGCGUAACACCAAUAACUGUUUUUCCGCUUCUACAACUUCUCAAGGACGCGUUGCCAAAGCAGGUGCUUGCAUCUCUGAAAUAUUUCCAGCCCAUCGCCUUCUUCCUUGGUGAAGUCAACUCAUCUGCGAACUUCUUCAUUUAUGGGUUGGUCAGCACUUCGUUUCGACAGGAACUGAGAUCGCUCUUCUGUCGUAGUGAGAACCAAGACCCUGACACCGAAAAUGGUGAAAUCCCUGCCGACAUGCAGAGACGGGUUUGAAUUACGAACGCUUUUAACGAAUUCGAAUAGUUCACGAGGAAAUACUUGAAACUGUCAACUGUGAAAACAUCCUUCGUAACGCUGUCACCUGCAGUCACGUCGUGUUACUACAAAUAGUUUUUAAAGAAUAUUUUACUACGAUGUU